CACGCCCAACGCUCACAGUACGACUGUUGUCGUUGGAGGGAGGACGGGUCAUAGGUCAUGACAGAACUCGAACGGGAAACUGGUCAUUCAGUACAGACGUAAUAAAUCGGCGGUAACCUGUGCGACCAUGGAUUUCUGAUUGGGAGACACUAGGAAGGAGGCCACACUCAGGCGUCAAAAUGAAGAGACUGGAGGGCAGGUGUUGUUGCUGAUGGUGAUAUCCGCCUUUGUCGUCGUCAUCUUCGUAAACCACGUGACCAAGAAAGACCAUGUUUCCGUUCAAAGAGAUCUGAGCAUGCGUGAGCUCAAACAGCUGAUCAAGGAACAGAUUCAAGCCGAAGAGAGAUAUUUGUCUCAGGACGGACAGAAACCAUCCUCCCAAAAUGUGGUCAACAUACAGACUGACAUUGUACGUCGUAAAAAAUCAAAAGAAAAACGCAAAACCACUAAAGAAAACAACACGGGGCCUAAAAAACAUGAUUCAUCAACCGACAUCAUUACAUCUCAACGUUUACGUGGAAGCAAGAAACGUUACAUUGUUCAUCUAUGUGACAGCAGUCGCGCAUGCGCUGGUUGGGGCGACAGACAAAGGGGCGUGGUUGCUGCCUACCUGCUUGCCAUUGUGACAAACAGAGUGUUUGUUCUUAAUAUGACGUCACCAUGCCCAGUUCGCAACUUCCUUCAACCACACAAGUACGAUUGGGAAAUCCCCGAUUCAGAAUUGGUGGGAAAAUCUGCCAUAACAGUUGGCGGUGUUCGCGCAACAGACUACCACAAGGUUGCUCGCUUCCAGGAUUUCAAUAAGGUGUAUGAUUACGACGUUAUCUAUUUGAGAUCAAACAGCGACCUCUUGAACAUUAUCAAAUCAAAUCCCCUGUAUAAGAACAGGAUUCCCAACUGGGCUAAAACAUAUCGCCACAGAGCUUUCAAGAACGGCUGGGAAAAACUAAUGACGCCAACAAAUCACAUGACGAAACAAAUAAACGUUCUCCUUAAAGGCGUCGAUCUACAGAAACAGGGGGACCUCGUGUGUGCACACGUGCGGAUUGGUAAGAACGCGCAGCUACCAAACGACUCUCCGAACCGGAACUCGAUCGAGUCAGUAGAUGCAUUAUGGGAAUUCCUUGACCCGUAUGUAAAGAAUGCUACUCGGAUUUUCAUAGCAACUGACUCUAUGGAGGUUAGAGAACUCGCGAGGAAGAGAUUCGGAAAGAAAACUCUGGACAGUGGUGGGACAAUCAUCCACAUUGACAGACAGAGGAAGAGUGGGUCGGCAUGCGAUGGCUUCGAGACGGCCAUCUUGGAACAGCUGAUCUUGACAAAAUGUCACGUGCUAGUCGUCUCCGCAAGUAACUUCAGCAUCAGGGGGGCGUUUCUAAGGGGGACCAAUGACAAGCUGUUCAUGUUCAGAAACGCAACCGUCAAACCUUUCAACAUGGGCACAUGAUGGGGAUUUGUGUAAAGUCAGUCUGUCCAGCUGUCAUGUUCCACGUGAUGCAAUCGUGGGUCUUUAUGCAUUUUAUUUUGAUUCAUGGUGCGAAUUGAACACAAUUUUCAUUUCUUAUAAGGUUUACAAUUAUUGUUAGUGAAAACGACCAUUACAAUUUCUGAGGUGAAAGCAUACCGUGAAGUGUUAUUGAAGGAAGUCCUUCAGAAAAGACGGCUUUGAACAGGUCAUUGACAUUUAUACACGCUGUCCAGGCAGUAUUGGAGACAUGACGAAGAGUCCUUACAUCAUGUUGUAUCAGGGUAUUAAAUACAUGGAGUAAGGCAGUCGGUAUUGUAAAUAUGUCGGUUUACAGGCAGUACUAGAAACUCCGACCCGUGUGGAAAAUGUGUGUCUGUGUACGGACGUGGGUAUUGCUGGGAUUGUACAUAUAUCUGUUCUGUAUCAUACAUGAGAUGGGUCUGUGUAUAAUGUGUAUAUAUGUGUAUAUAUGUGACAUAAACAUUCAUAAUGGACACGUUCCUGUGCAACUGGCUGCUGACGAGUCUCAUGACGGCCCGGGGCUGGUGUAUAUGUGAAAUUAUAGCAUGCUUGGAAUGGUUGUAUUUAAAAUAACGCAUACCUGUCAUCUUGUGUUUGUCUCAAAGCCUCUUGACUCUAAGCGAUUUUUAAUUACCCAAUCGGUUCUACUCGGUUGAUUCCGUGAACUGGACCGAGGUAGACCGAGGUGAAAGUGUGAUAGUGAUUGCAUUCGGGGCAUUCUGUGUAUAUCUUGACUAACUCGUCAGUGGUGACGAUCUUUGUCUCAAUGGGGAAGUUUUGAAGGAGAUGGGUGAUUGCGACUACCACUACGACAGCUCUCCACUCCAUGUGACGACUGGCUGGACUCAGUUUUGGGAAGAGCACCGCGUUGCACCAUCUUUGCACACAUUCAAGCCAGUGAGAACCAAUGGGUAUUUAUUGCGGGUUAUAUUUUAUUAUAAUGAAUCAUGUGAAAUGAAA